AUGGUUUCAACACGACAUCAUCCCCGCGAUUUCCCAUCGCCGCCGCGUGCCAGGUCAAAGUCUCCAGGCCUGUCGGUCAACGGAACUGCCGUGAGACGAUGGGUACACACUCCUUCGACGACUAUCACUCUCUGGCUAUUGGUGUCAGUGCCGUUGGUGGUGUGGGAUUCCGGCUACGUUCUAUUGCGUCCGCAUUCCAUGCCAGGUAACAAGCUACAUUCACCUAUCUGGACUCCGUACGCGCUCUAUGGAUCCAUCGACUAUAUUUACGGCUGGCCGUCGUUCGAUGCUGGGAACGGAUUCACAGCCGCACAGACGGUCUUGAAUCUCGUCGAAACUGCGGCUUAUCUGUAUUAUCUUUUCAUAAUUUAUAAAUAUGGAAUAUCGACGACCCCAACCGGUCGAGGAAGCCAGCACAAGACUCACAAGGGAUUUCUGUGGAUGUUGACGGGCGGAAAAGUCGUGUCAGGGCGUACAGGAGCGAUAGCGCUCUUGGUGGCCUACAGUGCCUCCAUCAUGACCUUGAGCAAAACCAUCCUCUACUGGUUGAACGAGCUCUUCUCUGGCUUUGCGAAUAUUGGCCACAAUGACGCUCUUACGUUAAUCACCAUGUGGAUUAUUCCAAAUGGUCUGUGGAUCGUCUUCCCAAGCUAUAAUAUAUACAUCCUCGGCCAGGAGAUAUUGGCGGCCCUCGAGAGUGCCGCGCCUCUCUCACAUAUCCGUACCAAGUCAGCAUAA